CAAUCAAACGUUAACACGUUGAACAAACACAAUCAGUAAGAAUUUGUAACUAUGGGUCGUUAAUUUCGUAAUAAAGAUAAUCUAAAAAUUUAAUUGAAUAAGUUUAAUUUGGGUACACACAUCACGUAAGCGAAUUACGUGCCGAUAGUUUUAACAAGUUAAGUUCAUUGUAGUGAUUAAGAAGAAUAAGUCGAUGCUCCAGUAGUUGCUGUAUAUAAACAAUGUUGCGAGUCGCCGCCCGAAUUGUUUCAAACAAUAGAAAUGGAUUAUCGCCAUUUGUUGAUAGGUGCCAAUGUUAUUCUAGUGAAAUUAAUUUACCCUCGCAGGCGGACGUAGUAAUUAUUGGUGGAGGCAGUAUAGGAUGUAACACACUUUAUCAGUUAUCCAAGAAGGGCGUGAAAGCAGUAUUAUUGGAGAGGAACAAAAUUACGAGUGGCACAACAUGGCAUACGGGCGGAAUAGUAUGGCGUUUAGGGACUAACGAUGUGGAUAUUCAGUUGUUGGCGGCUACCAGAAACCAACUGCUUAAAUUAGAAGAAGAGACCGGAUGUAAUUCCGGGUUUGUUAAUACCGGAAGUCUAUUUCUCGCUAGAAAUAAGGAACGUCUGAAAGAGUACAAGCGUAUGCAUACGAUCGGGUAUUACUUUGGUGUUGAAAGUCAACUGUUGUCAGCUUCAGACGCGGCUAAAAUUCAUCCCUUACUUAAUCCAAAGAGUUUCGUUGGAGCGUUGCACAGUCCAGGUGAUGGGGUCGUCGAUUCCACAAUUCUUUGUAAUGCACUCACGAAGGGAGCAAUUAAUAAUGGCGCACAAGUCAUUGAAAAUUGUGCUGUAACCAAUGUCAAAGUCGACUCCACAUCGGGUUAUAAGAAGGUUGUCGGGGUUGAAACUCAGCAUGGUGUAAUUAAAACAAACUGCGUGUUGAACGCCGCAGGUGCAUGGAGCAGAAAUAUUGCACAAAUGGUGGGUUUGGACAUACCACUUUUGCCCAUUCAACACGCGUAUGUAGUUACUGAAGGUAUUCCCGGCGCAAAAGGUGCCCCGAACAUACGCGAUAAAGACGUUUCAAUUUACUAUCGAUCUCAAGGCGAUUCCUUGUAUAUAGGAGGAUAUGAAACAAACCCUCACAUUAUCAAAGAUCUACCUAAUGACUUCGCCUUCGGCCUUUACGAAUUAGACUUCGGCCUUUUCGGCGUACAUAUGGAAAAAGCCUAUGAUUUAAUGCCAGCGGGGAAAGAUGUUGGAAUCAAAACCAAUAUUUGCGGUCCCGAAAGUUUUACACCGGACCACAAACCUCUGUUAGGAGAAGAUCCAAAGUUAAGAGGUUUCUAUUACGCUUGCGGUUUAAAUUCGGCGGGAAUGAUGUUUGGCCCAGGCAUUGCGGAACAGAUGGCCCAUUGGAUUGUCAACGGUCGUCCAGAACUGCCCAUGUUUAACUACGACAUACGUAGAUUUACGCCGGAGAUGAAAAACGAUAGAGCUUGGGUAACGGAGAAGUGUCACGAGGCGUAUGCGACGCAUCACGGCAUUGGGUUCAAACACACUCAACCAUUAGCUGGACGCAAUUUCAAAAUUGAUGUGUUUCACGAGAUUCUUGUUGCAAACGGUGCGGUCAUGGAACAAUCGCAGGGAUGGGAGGUGCCAGGAUUCUAUAUAAAGGAUAGUACGGCUCCGGUUCGGGUAUAUGAUUGGCAUGGUUUUUACGAUCACGUUGAUAAUCCUGACAAACGAUACGAAAAACAAUUGGAAGGGGACUGCACCUUCGAAUUUUCCAAACAUCACGAUUUGAUUGGCCACGAAGCGCUUGCAGCUCGUACAAACGCGGCUUUGUUUAAUACCUCGUAUUGUUGCAAACUGUAUCUAACGGGCCCUGAUGCACGAAAAGCAGCCGAUUGGCUAUUCACUGCACACACAGAUCAAGAGCUCGAAAAGAUUGUAUAUACUUGCGCUUUGAACAAGAACGGCGGGACUGAAGGUGACGCCACAGUCAUAGGUUUAAAUCAGGGCCUCGGUACUUUAGUAGGACCAAUUCUUAAGGGUAGAGGAUAUUAUAUUGUAGCCAAUGGUUUAUCAGGGUACCACAUGCUUACUCACAUUAAGAGGGAAAUUCAAAAGAAGCAGUUUAGAGCCACUGUUACUGACGUUACAGAUAAUCUUGGGAUACUAUCCAUUCAAGGUCCAAAAAGCCGAGAAAUUUUGCAAGCCAUCACCGAAUCUCCAAUCACCAAUGAGAAGCUACCAUACGGGAUGUCUGAUAUUAUAACCGUUAAUGGUCACACGUGUAGAAUAUUGAGGAUCAGUUUUGUUGGAGAAUUGGGCUACGAACUGCAUAUUCCAUAUUCCUCGUGCAUCCCGGUAUAUAACAAACUAGCUGAUGCUGGCAGAAGCUUUGAUAUGAAACUCGCCGGUUACCGUGCAAGGUACUCAUUGCACUGUGAAAAAGGUCAUCAUCUGUGGAACAAAGAUUUAAGAUUGGAUGACAAUCCAGUGGAAGCCAACCUUCAUAAGUUAUGCAGAAACGAGGGUUGUUAUUUAGGAAAAGAUCACGUAGAUAGGCUAAAGAAGGAAGGCGUGGAUAAAGUUAGAGCGUUUUUUACGAUCAAGGAUAAAAUUCCGUUGUGGGGUUACGAAACAAUCUGGAGAGACGACCAAAUUGUUGGAUAUUUACGAAGAGCCGAAUAUGGAUAUUACUUGAAGUCGAGUAUUGGUACCGGGUACAUUAGGCAUCCCAAGAAUAAGAAGGUUACAGAAGAAUAUUUAUCGAAAGGGCAGUACGAAAUCGAAGUGAUGGGUAAACGAUAUCCAGCUACCUUGCAUUUAAAGAGUCCUUUUGAUCCUAAACACCAACGAGUUGCGGGACACUACGAGCACCAAUUUGUGGAAGAAGUUAACUUUGAAGACUGACCGUUUAAAUUUAGUUUAGUUUUUAUUUCUUCUUGUACCUAAUUAAAUGUGAUGAAUUAAGAUGUUAAAAGUAUUGUACAUUAUGAAAUUAUUUUAAAUAUAAAACGAUUCUAACCCAAA